AUGAAGAAUUGGCUUCACAACCCCAAGGACCAUAAGGAGUCCAAGCGGGUGGCCCUCUUUGUUGAGAAGAACAAGGAGGAGACCAACCUUUGCACGGAAGACCUCGUCAGGACUUUUGUCUCGCGCCGGGUGAUGCCCCUUCAGCGCCGCGCCCAUAAGAUCAGCCAGAUGUCAGGUCCGAAGGACCCGACAAGAAUUACGACUCACACGCUGAGCGCCACUGACUUGGUCCUUAAGGCCAAGCAGAUCUGCCAGAACCCGCUGAGUCCCAGCGGAGAGUAUGGGCUGCUCCCUUACAGCCGCAGCAACUCUCCUCCGCCCCGAAACUUCCGCCGGAUCGCCAGGGAGGAGCCGCCCUCUUACGCCCCCAACCGGCGUUUCCACGACGACUGUGACGCUCACCCCUACGUGAAGGGGAGGCACAAGAUGGGUCCAACGCAUGUCAGACGCCCCGGUAACUUCUCAACUCCUCAUCCGGCACAUGAUUCCGACAGUGACAAUGAGGUUGUUAUCCUCGAGGUCGUUGAGCAUGUUGCUCCUCUGACGGUCGAGGUUGGCCAGGAAUUCCUGGACAACCUGGCCUCCCGGGGGCGGAAAAACAAGGCUCCGGCCCCUGAGGUUGGCCCCAGCGAAGCUCCACCCGCCAAGCGCAAGAAGAAGGGGAGCGCUAGGCCUUACGCAGGGAGGAAGCGGAGGCAUGAGAUGCCGGGCGCCCUGGUCCUUACGAGGAGUGCGCCUGGCAUGCAGCCGGAAGCUCCAGCGGAUGCUGCCAGGGCCGCUCCUCCUUGUCAUGCAAGUCCGGUACCUUCGGGUGCCGGUAAAUCUCCAGCCUCCCCUCAGGGAGGAAAUAUAAGUUUGGGGCGCGUGGCCCCUGAACCUUCAAACCCCCGCGCGGAGGAGAAUUUCACCUCCCCUCUAGACAUUGAAGACACCGGUGCCAGCAACAUAGGCGCCGGUAACGAAGAUAGUGAACGGGCGGAACCUCCGGUUCCUCCCACUCCAAAGAAGAAGAAGAAAGCUGUCGCUUCCCCCUCCAAGGCUGCGCCGGAACCUUCCGGGCCAGCAACCUCCUCGCCGAAGGACGCACCGUCACCGCCUCCGACACCUCCUGCCGGCAAAGCUACCGCCGCCCCCGAGCUACCUCGCCCGGAAGGCGCGACCUUCACCGCUCAGCAACUUGCUGCAGCGGUUACCGCGGCGACUGCGCCCCCUUCCGGAUCGCAGUCAUUGGUGCUGCACGCCGGACGCGCCGCAGUUGUUGCCGGCGAAAAGGCUUCAGCUCAGCUAGGCCGGAUCGUCGAGCUCAGCUGCAGCGAGGCUGACCUGGGCCCUCUACGCGAGUACGCGGAGAAGUGGAACCGGGCGGACCUGUCCGCCGCCACUCGCGGCCUCGGCAAGGACAAGCUGCCGGUUGUGGAUAACUCCGGCCCGCGGAGCACGGCUCAACAUCUUAGCCGGCUCAAGCGUGCCGUGAAGGAGUUCGACGCGGCCUGGCACGACGCCAGCGCCAACGUGGUGGGCACCCUCGACCUCCGGAAGCAGCUCUUCGAGGAGCUGUUGUGGGAACACCGGCACCUCUCCGAGGCCUUCGCCAGCCUCGAGCUUGCCCACGGCAAGUGCCAAGCUGCCCUUCCGGAAGCCUCGCUUGAGGACCUUACCGGCCAACUCUCCAACCUCAAGGCUGAGAAGGAGCAGCUCGCCCUCGAGCACCGCAAGGCUCUGGAUGCUCAGCGGAACAUCGCCGCUGAGCUGAAAGACAAGCUCAUCCAAAUUGAACUCCGACACACGCAGGAGCUCAAGGAGGCCAAGGCUGCUGGCAAGGCCAAGCUUGAUGAGGCCCUCAAGGACUUCAGGGACGCCAGCGGGCAGCUGCAGAAGGAGCUGGAGGAGGAGACCAGGCUGCUGAAGGAGGCGGAGGACCGGAACGCCACCCUCGCGUCGGACCAGGCCCAGUUUAACCGGGUGGUUAUCCAAGCCGAUGAGCUGGCGCUCAAGCUUUUCCCGGACUCCCAGCCACACGCGCACAAGAAGGUGAUGGAGCUUCGGGCUGAACAUGCGCUCCGCGUUGCCUGCUCUGGGUAUGAGGAGCUGGACCUUGACGCCCUCCAUAGCUUGCGCGGCGGGGCGCCUACCGACACGGACCCCGCCAAGACCGCCAAGCGCAAGGAUCGCGCGUACCGGGUGGCUCAGUCCGCUCCUACCAGCACCUUCAUCCCUCCUCCCGCUGACCUAGCGGAUGAAAUGUCUGAGGAUGAGGAAGAAGAAGAUGCUGGCGAAGAUGAGGAAGAGGCCCCUGAAGAUGGUGAUGCUCCUCCAGAGCAAGCUCCGGAAGCGCCUGAAGCUGCCCCCGAGCCCCCUGUUGCUUGA